AUGGCCCUCGGACAUGUAUCUCCAUUAAACUUAUCAUCUUUGCAUAAUGCUGCCUCUGCUCUAACUCCUAACUUGGAGAAAGAGCAUAGUACAGUCGGUGAUCUCGUAUCAUUCACUGACAGACGGACGAAACCUUUGCAGAAUGAAACGUUUCAAAGAAAGCGACACCUUAGCGAAAGUGAUGUCAGAGAUGAUCCCAAAUCUUCCCGUCGUCACUCUCUUAGGCGAACCUCAUCAGUGGGUAGUCUUGUGUCGACUCAAAGUCGUACUUUAUCUCUUUCGAAUGCAAGAGAGGAUGAAAAUGAAAAGCCAGACGAGCUUUUAUCGAAAACUGAACGGCGGCGAAAUCGCCGGCGUCAGUCGAUGAUGAAUCUGAUCCGCGAUGAUUUAGAUAAGAUCCCUUGUCUUCAGGCGUUGUCAACUCGGCGGUCUGAAGCGGUAGAAAGUGAUGUUGAACCUGAUGAAAACGAUGAUAUCGAAUCUUGGUCGCCAAGGCCAACUCGAAGGACAAGGAGGUCGUCAAGUGUGUUUACUAUGUCUGAAGCGCGAAAAUCUAUCGCUAGUUUUGAAGGGUCGGUUUUGACGGAAAGCGAAAUUCGAAAACUUAGAAUGCUACAGACUCUGAAUAAAAUGGACUCUAAAGCGAACUCACGAUAUAAGAGAAACGAUUCUGUAGACAGCCAAUUGGGAGAACUUGCCAUUCUUGAAGCAUCGUUUGGACGGGGAAGAAAGUCUAGCAUAGCGACUCAUGUCCUGGUGAAGACGAAACAUCAGCGUAAAGCAUUUACCGACCGCGGACAUAAUCAGAAGGCUGAUUUGUUUGGUCGAGCAAAAUCUCCCAAGCGUAGAGAAUCGUUGAUGGUGGCGGAGGAGCAGCAAGAACGGGCCAAGAAAAUGUUUCAAAUGUUGUCAAAGAAGCAAGAGUCUCCGAGGGGCGGGAACGAAAAGGGAGGGGAUGUAGCCAAAAAUGUAAUGAUGGGGUUUAAAAGACGGCUACGGAAGAAGCGGUUCAGGCCGCUACAGGUGUGGCGGAAGAAGGCCAAGUUUCUCGUCUUGCUGCUUCGUGCUUGGAAAGUACAUUCAAACAACAUCAACGAGUCGCUUGUGGAUAACAAUUCAUCGCUGGACAUGAUCACGCGGGGUAAUCAGGUGGAUCUGAUGUUCGAUAUCACGGAGUACAAGGCUGCAAAGGAGGCAAAUAUCCCGCCUGCGGUGAAAAAGAUACUUUUGAAGAAACAAAAGGAGAGAACGGACGAGGAACAGUACUAUGUGCAGAUUUUUCUAAGAAAUUACAAAAGUAUUGCUGAAUAUCCUGUCAAAAUGCAAAAAAUGAUUGCUCAACGUGCAUGGAUUGAGAGCUACGACAUCAAACGCGUCAUUGUGAGAGAGGGUCACGUGCCCAUGUGCUUUUACUUCAUUCUCUCCGGAUCAGCUAUUGUGUCUACAAUGGAGAAUGGGGUACCAAAGACAGUGAUGUUUCUCAACAGGGGCGACAGUUUCGGGGAUGUGGCUAUAUUGAACCACGCCCACCGCGAGACCACGGUCAUCACCAGGGAUAAAAUAGAACUGCUCUGUAUGACGGACACGGAUUUUGUCGACAUAUUCAUGUCUGGUGGGAUCAGAGAUUCAAAUGACCCUUUCCUGCAAUCCAUCAAUUUCUUGAAGGGAUGGCCUCGGGAACUCCUGAUAGACAAUCCCAAGCGAUGUAUUUUCAGUUACUUCAAACGAGGGACCAUACUGGUUACUGACACUAGUCAUAGCGACUGGAUUAUAGUGGUAAAAUCGGGGAGUGCAAGUCUUCUAAAGAAACUUCAGAACGUCAAUGUGAAGAAGAAGAAGACAAAAGAACAAUUCUGGGAUCUUAGAGAUGAAGUGAUAUCUGAGUGUCCGGUCGAGUCAGAGGCGAUGUUAAGCCACGAGGAGCAGGUUCAGCUCAUGUUCGAGGAGGAGAAGCGGAACGUCGAGGACCAGAACCUGCACGUGCGCUUCUUCGCCCUUCCCGAGAUCAACGUGAAAACAAAUGACUCGUACAACGAACUCAAGCUUAUGAAGGAUGAGUAUAUGAACGCAAAUACUGUAAACCGCGCCCUCGGACAGUUGGAGAAGCUUGCGGACGCGGGAGCGGACGUGCGCUCAGAGACCGGAAACUCGACUUCCAUGCGGAGUGAAUCUGUUAAGAAACUCCAGAUGAGCAGACGGAAGUCCUUGGCCAUGCUUAAAGGACCUUUCAAAUCAAUGGGUGGAGUGAACAGAGAAUCUUCGUUUGCUUCGAUUUCAUCUCGCAAUGGUAUUGCUUCUCGCGAGGCAAAAUCUUCAAGAGUCGCGUUCGAUUUAUCUGUCAAACCGGUAACCAGAGGAAGUGAAUCGAAUGUUAAACCGGCCCGAAGAGAAAGUUAUGCAAAUUUAAGACUGGGAGCUCGAGAGGGAUCUGAAAUUGACAAUAUCCAAAAGGUGGACGACUGGCAGGAGAUGGCUCUGCCCACGAUGGUAGCUGGGAGCCCCAUUCGGGACCUGACCAUUAAGCCGCCAGAAGCACGACCUGUGUUCGUAGAGAUACAGGCACUUCUUAAAGGACAAGUUUUCAAUGAACUGCAGGGGUUGGCGGAAAUGCUGUUUGAAAAUCAGCCUAACUUCAGUCUGGUCAGUAACGGAGCGGAGUGCAUUAUGAUCGAGAAGAAGUUCUACAUGGAGAAUGCAUCACAGGCGCAGAUUGUCAAACUGAAGGAAAUGACAUUCCCUUACCCAUCGAAUGAAAAUUUACAGUCAAAUCUGGAAAAUAAGAUAAGAUGGGACCUUCAUAAAAAACUUACGAUAAACACGAUUCUGCGUGACGUCAAUCAACGUAAAAGCGACGUCAAUGACGCUAGAUCGACUUUACGUUUGCCGCCAGUACGCUAG